CAAACACUCCCAGUCAACACUGGAGGCCCCACCCUUUGUGUUACCUACCGCCCGUCAAUCAAAAUAUAAAAAAAUUCUGACAGUUAUCAUCCAUUUCUACGCUUGUACAAUCAAUUUAAUGUGCUGAACAUGUCCGGUGGCUUGUGACCAUCAGGACUCGCCGUUUCACGACAAGUCACGCCAAUGACUGCGCCCGAACAGCCGAUGAAACCAGAGGAUAUGGCUGCACUGGACGUGGACAGCAGUCAGAGCGGCUUCCUGCAGCAGGAGGAGACCAGUGGCAAUCAGGACACUCAGCCAUCACCCCUCGACCUGCUAGCGACCACCUGCACUAAGGUUGGCUCACCGUCGUCAGAGGUGGACAGAGGUGCUGCCGCUGAUGUGACAUCAGAUCCAUCUACACAGCUCACUGGGACUGAUAAAUGGGAGGUGUUAACCCCCACCUCAGUGAAGGAUGAAUCCGGAAUGAUACAGAUCCAAAGUCAAGGAAUAUUAACGUCAAACGGACAGUAUGUUCUUCCUCUCCAAAACUUACAGAGUCAGCCAAUCUUUGUGACAUCAGGAACAGACGCCUCCUCUGCCAAUUCAGUGCCUAACAUUCAGUACCAAGUAAUUCCUCAGAUUCAGACAGCAGAUGGACAGCUGAGCUUCUCCACGUCCGGCGUGGAGGGAGCAACUCUGGCUCAGGAUGCCACGGGGCAGAUUCAAAUCCUGCCUGAUGGUAGCCAGAGUCUCAGUGUGACAUCAACUGCAAACAUCCUUAAUAACAACCAGAACCUCAUAUCACAGACUGGUAAUGUCCAGCAGAUACAUGGGGUUUCUAUCGGCAGCUCCACCUUCAAUAACCAGGGUCAGGUUGUUACUAAUGUGCCUGUGGGUUUGCCUGGGAACAUCACUUUUGUUCCCAUUAACAGCGUGGACUUGGAUUCCCUCGGCCUGUCUGGUGCUCAGACUAUAGCAACAGGGGUCACUGCUGAUGGCCAGCUAAUUAUGGCGAGUCAGCCUAUGGACGGCUCAGAGAGUCUGGCGAAGACAGAUAAUCACCUCUCACAGACGUUAACAAUAAAUGACUCAAAUGCAAAUGCUGAGAUAUAUGUGCCAACGUCUUCCUCUCAGCUACACAUUCCAGUAAGUGAAUCAGGUCUGCUGACACAAGACACUUCACUGUCAUCGGUGGCUACAGAGCAAGCCGACUCUAGUUCUGGUCUGCAGGAGGGCUUCAUCCAGCAGAAUCAGGAGCAGAGCAUCCAGGUGUCCUCAGCCCAGCCCAUCAUUCAGCUGCAGCAGGUGCCCAUUCAGACCACCAAUGGGCAGGUGGUGCAGUCAGUGGCAACCGGUGGCCAGGGUCUGCAGAAUGUGCAGCUGAUCAACCCGGGAACCUUCAUCAUCCAAGCCCAGACUGUCACGCCGUCGGGUCAGAUACAGUGGCAAACCUUUCAGGUGCAGGGGGUGCAGAACCUGCAGAACCUCCAGCUUCCCACAACACCACCCCAGCAGAUAACCCUGGCUCCAGUCCAGACCCUGUCCCUGGGAUCCAGUCCAGUGAGCAUCAGCACGGGGCAGAUUCCCAACCUGCAGACAGUGACGGUCAACUCUGCCCAAAAUGAAGGAGACGAAGACAACCCUGCAGAUGUUCGGAUAAAGGAAGAGCCAGACUCUGGAGACUGGCAGCUGAGCACAGACUCCACUUUGAACACGAGCGAUCUGUCUCACCUUCGCGUCAGGCUGGUGGACGAGGAGGAACAGUUGGGUCAGGAGGGCAAGAGGCUGCGCAGAGUGGCCUGUACUUGCCCCAACUGUAAAGAGUCAGGUGGGAGAGGAUCCAGCACGGGGAAGAAGAAGCAGCACAUCUGCCACAUCGCAGGCUGUGGGAAAGUAUAUGGAAAGACAUCGCACCUGCGAGCACACCUGCGCUGGCAUUCAGGGGAGCGACCUUUUGUUUGCAGCUGGAUGUUCUGUGGGAAGAGGUUCACACGCAGCGACGAGCUGCAGAGACACAGGAGAACACACACAGGAGAGAAGAAGUUUGUCUGCCCAGAAUGUUCCAAGCGCUUCAUGCGGAGCGACCACCUGGCGAAGCACAUUAAAACUCAUCAGAACAAAAAAGGCGUGAACUCGGGCGGCGCUGUGGUGGCCUCGAUGGAAUCCGCGGGGUCCUCAGACAGUAUCAUCACCACGGCAGGCGGGACCACCCUCAUCCUCACCAACAUCCAGCAGGGCUCCAGCAACGCCCAGGACAUCCUGGCCAACGCAGAGAUCCCUCUGCAGCUCGUCACCACGGUAGCGGCCAGCGAAGUCAUGGAGUGAUUUACACUCCACUUAUGAACUUCUACAACCUCUCUCAUACUGUAUACUCCUACCUGCAUUUUUAUUCCAAGUUUUGAAGAGAAGCUGAAAUUAUAAAUAUAUAUAUAUAUAUUUUAACACAGAAAUAGUCAGUCCAUGUCCAUGCUCAGUUUUCACUGAGGAGAAACUAGUAGUGGAGACUAAAACAAGAUAAAGAUGGAAAAAGACAUUGCAGUAAACACACAAGGAAAUGCCUUAUUUUGUACAAUAUUAUGUCAUUGGAAAAGUAGGAUGCCAUUUUGCUUUGAAUUUACUUAUUUUUUCUAUGUGUUUUUCACAAUACAUUAUUGGUAAGUUGAGCAAUUUUCUCCUCGCCUUUUUCUUUUGAUGGUGUAUUCUUAAUGAUGUCCUUGGUUAGCAAGGUUUGUUCCAUAUUCCUUUAGGCAGAGACUAAAUCUCACAACAGAGCUAAUUUUAUCCAGCUGAAGUAAUGUUAUUGCUUACGUCCAUGCAAAUUUAUUCAUGUUGUGUGUUCGUGUCUUUUAAUUAUUAUGCAUUUUUUCCAGUGCAGUCGGUCUACUUGCAAAUAGGAAGUCCUCCUUCCUCCAUUUUCUUUAAAAACUUUGCUCACGCCUACUACAUUUUGCAGGUGAAAAUCAAAACAAUCAGAAUUUUUGUAUUGUAAAUCCUCUUGAACAUGUACUGUUGAUAUGAUACACAUUAUUUGCUUAUUAAAUAUUUUGACUGAACAGCUAUUUAUAUUGGGCUUUACAAGGAAAAUGCAUUUGUGAUAUUAGAAGUCCACAAUAUUUCAAAUGGCUUCAUUGUAUGUAAUUCAAGUGUGUGUUUUUUUUUUUAAAGUCUUUUUUUUUGAGGACUUAAAAACAAACAAACAUGCAUUGUGAUAUGAAGAGAAGAAAAAGCCAUUUUUUGGGAGGUAAUUGCCAAAUUUGACUACAAACUCAGGGUGACUUGUGACUGUGUGAUAUAGGUAGAGUAAAAUCACCCCUGUAGCUUCUCGGGCCAUGGUGGGGUGUUGUGAAGAAAUGUUGUUUGAUGGACCAAAAGCUGAGGUGAAUUAAGCUGUCACCAUGUUACCUAUGCUUGUUGAAUCCUACCGUGUCAGGUUUUUUUUUUUUUUAAUACAUUAAGGACAACCCUCUCCUUCAUGUUAUAUAAACAGUUUUGCUGAAUUCCUCACGCAGUUGAAAUAUCAGUGCAUUACUGAAAGCGGUACUCUUUUUUUAACAGCACUGUUCUCACCAUGUUGUUGUUGAUCCUUUUGUAUAAAAAUGUUUUGUAUACUUCCCAACAAACUGUCCUUUAUAUUCAUUGUCAGUAAAUGUACAAUGUUUCUGUCUUUUGUGUGUCAAUACCUUUUCUUUUACUGUAUGUCACAUUUCCCUGUUUCAUCUGUUUUAUAUUCGAUCUGAAUUGAAUUGAUAAAUACACACAUACACACUGAACAGUGAAUUAUGGUGGCAUAUUUGAUUUGGUUAUGCGUCAACCUCUAGUCAGAUACCAAGAUGCUGUUGAAACAUUCAGAGAACUUAAUCUUAAUAUUAUGUACUAAACACUGAAGGUUUAUUCUCACUCAGAAAUCUCCUGUAUAAAUAUGUCAAUAUAACAUCAAUAUAAACCUUUCUGUUACACUUGAA